AUGGCUGAGGAGCAGCCUGAUCAGGGCGUCGUGUUGGAUCACAGUCAGUUCUGCUGCUCAGUGUGUCUGGACCUGCUGAAGGAGCCCGUCACCAUCCCAUGUGGACACAGCUACUGCAGAUGCUGCAUCGAGGGUUACUGGGACCAGGGAGAUGAGAAGGUCGAGGUCAGCUGCCCUCAGUGCAGGGAGAGCUUCAGCUCACGGCCUGUUCUGAGGAGGAACAACAUGCUGGCAGAGCAACUGCAACCAGACCUGGAGCCACGGAUGAAAGAGCUGCCUGGAGGAGCGACCAACGGCGAGGAAGACGGAAAAGCAGUCAUGGCGGACGGUGAGAGAAAAGGCUUGGUGUGGGACAUCAAGAAGAGUCUGCUCACCCUGACGGCCGGUGAACUUUUCCAACUAGCUCGCAGUGUUGGUCCUGUACCGGGGAAGGAUGCAUCCACGCUUGAGGUUGGUGAGGAAGACAGUUGCUUUGAGUACAUCCAAGCUUUCAUGAACAGUGACACUCUCGUUAAAUCUGAGGAUUCAGCACAUUCCACAUCCCCCCCUGAUGUCAAACACACACCUGAACAUGCUCAUGACAAACAUGACCGAGUCGUGCCCCUUCGAGAGCUCUCAAUGCUGCGACGUGAGUUCAAGGUCCAAGGCGGGCAGAUCGGGGAUCAGAAAUCAGAUCUAAGUUACAAUAACAUAUGCAGACAAAUUGAUGAUGGAGUAAAAGAUCGGUUCAGUGAGACAGAAAUACUGAGAGGCGUUCUCAGAGUGAUCACGCCAGGGCAUUUCAAAGACAUGCUGAUGCACAAGGAUGAUUUGACAAUAGAUGAGCUGAAGGGCUUCCUGCAGUCCCACUUAGGUGGGCGAAGCAACACAGAGCUAUUCCAAGAGUUGAUGUGCACGAAACAAAAUGACAGUGAAACCCCCCAACAGUUCUUGUACCGUGUCAUCGGUCUGAAACAAAAGAUCCUCUUUGCUUCAAAGCAUGCUGACACGGAAGUGAAGCGGCCACAGAGCAGCAGGUUGCCUGAAGUCAAAGCCGAAGCGUCAGGAAAACUGGAGCCGGUCGCUGCAACGGGACAACCAGUGACCGGGUCUCAUGUUAAGUCCCACAGUGUGAAGUGCGAUGUAUUUAGCUCUGAGAGUCAUACAAAGGAGAGUAUGCUGAACAGAAGACCUAAAGUAUACGAUGAAAGUGACCCCCAAUCUCCCCUCUCCCUACCCACUCAAACAAGCAGGCGCCUAGCCAAGUUCAUAGGUGCCAAAGCCCUCGCACGAUGUGACCUGAAUGGCCUGACAGUCGAUACACUGUUAGACACCGGAGCUCAAGUGAGCAUGAUAGAUCGAAGCUGGAAGAAGAAGUAUAUACCGGAUGCACCGGUGAGGCCCCUCAGUGAGAUCUUUGAUGAUGAAGAGCUGGAAAUACAAGCUGUGAAUGGAGGAGUCCUUCCUUUUGAUGGCUGGGUCCUCAUCGCAGUCAGCUUUGCCGGAAAUUGGACUCUUAGCCAGUCUAUAAUGGUGCCUUUCCUCAUCAGUAGCAUUAACCUUGAACGACCAAUCCUUGGAUUCAAUGUGCUAGAGGAAGUGGUUCAGGAUAGACCAGCAGAGCUCCUCCCAGCCCUCACCACACUCCUCUCUGACUCCAUAUCUGCCUCUGUGGAUCAAGUGGAGCUUCUGGUGAACUUCAUUCAGACAGGCAAACCCGCCACGUGUCCCAAGCUAUUGAGAACGGGCAACCACGAUACUGCAGUUGCAGCUGGUCAAGUUGCCUGGGUUAAGUGUCAGGUCCCCUCAGCUGUAGAUCUGUCAGACCCUCUCCUCUUGUUUGAACCUGAAGAAAACAACGCUCAUCUUACAGAACUUGAGAUUGGGGAGGGCCUGCUCGAAAUGCAAUCUGUGAAGCGACCUUAUGUGACCAUACCAGUAAGAAAUUGCACAAAGCACCCUGUGAUCAUUCCAAGAAAGACUGUUCUAGGAAGUGUCCAGGCCGUUGCUAGGGUGAUUGAGACCAACCCACAGGAACUGUCCAGGCCCAAAGUAGUAGCCAAUGCCGCAACAACACCAGCUGUGCAGACUGCUCCAGGCCUGUGGCAGCCUCCAGUGGACCUCAGCCACCUUAAUGAAGAAGAACAAGACAAAGUGAAGAAAAUGCUGCGGGAAGAAUCAGCUGCUUUCGCUCAAGAUAGCCACGAUAUCGGCUGUAUUCCCAGUUUGCAGAUGUCGAUCAACCUCAAGGACGAGAUUCCAGUGCAGAGAGCGUACUCCUCUGUCCCCAAGCCACUGUUUAAAGAGGUGAAAGAGUAUGUGCAAGACUUGUUGAUGAAAGGCUGGAUUGUGAAGUCAAAGUCCUCUUAUGCAGCGCCAGUGGUCUGCGUCCGAAAAAAAGAUGGUACGCUCCGCCUCUGCAUAGAUUAUCGUCUCUUGAAUCAGAAAACCAUCCCUGAUCGACAUCCUCUACCUAGGAUACAAGACCUGACUGACACCCUUGGUGGCUAUUCCUGGUUUAGCAUCCUCGACCAAGGAAAAGCCUACCAUCAAGGUUUCGUUGCCAAAGACUCUCAACACCUCACCGCUUUCAUUACUCCCUGGGGACUGUAUGAAUGGGUCCGCAUCCCAUUUGGCCUCUCAAACGCCCCCGCAGCCUUCCAGCGGAGUAUGGAAGAGAUGCUAGGUCCCUUGAGAGAUGACUACUGUCUCCCGUACCUUGACGAUGUGCUUUGCUAUGCGAAAACCUUUGAUGAGCACGUGGAAGGGGUUCGCAAAGUACUACGAGCACUUCAGAGGCAUGGGGUGAAGCUAAGACCUGAAAAGUGUGAGCUGUUUCGCCGAGAAGUGAGAUAUGUGGGUCGUCUUGUGUCAGCUCAAGGAGUGAGGAUCGAUCCCAAAGACCUGGAUGCAGUGCAAUCAUUAGCCAGCAGGACGCCACGGACAGUUGGAGAUGUGAGAAAGCUCACCGGUUUCCUGGGCUAUUACCGCUCCUACAUCCAGGACUUUUCAAGGAUAGCGAAACCCAUCUAUGAGCUACUACAAGUCAAGCCAGGACAAGCAGCUGCAGAGCGUGGUAGAGGCAAAGGUCCACAACUACCGUCCAGAACACCUGUAGAGUGGGCUGCCGAACACCAGCAAGCCCUUGACCGACUUGUUUCUCUCCUUGUUAGCCCCCCUGUGUUGGCGUACCCCAACUUCAACGAACCUUUCGUACUGCACACAGACGCUUCAGACCGGGGACUGGGCGCAAUCCUUUACCAACACCAGGAUGGCAAGUUGAGAGUCAUCGGGUACGGCUCUAGGACUUUAACUCCAGCUGAGCGAAACUAUCAUCUGCACAGUGGAAAACUAGAGUUCCUUGCCCUGAAGUGGGCUGUGUGUGAAAAGUUCAGAGACUACCUGUUCUAUGCACCCCACUUCACGAUAUACACAGACAACAAUCCCCUUACCUAUGUAAUGACCACAGCAAAGCUAAACGCUGUAGGCCAUCGGUGGGUUGGGGAACUCUCAGAUUUCAGAUUUGACAUAAAGUACAGACCUGGCAAGUCCAACAUAGACGCUGACACGCUGUCACGUCUCCCGUUAGACAUUGAAGCGUACAGUGAGUCCUGCACCAAAGAGUGUUCUGAAGACGUGGUUCGCGCUGUCUGGGAUGGGAGUAAAGUAGCCAAGCAGAAAGAUGUAGCCUGGGUUGCAGCUCUGAACAUCAACUCCCUAGCCGACCCGUCUUUUCCCUUUGAUGACUUGAAAGCAAUUAGUCAUGAUGAGCUUGCGGAAGCGCAACGUGCAGACGAAGCCAUCAGUGAAAUGAUUAAGUUGAAACAGGCAGGUACACCCUUAACUGAUGAGAUACGGAGAGCCGCGAGUGGAGCUACUAAAAGACUGUUCCAUGAAUGGGGAAAGCUCGUUUUGGAAGAUGGUAUCCUGUACAGGCGUGCCAAUGGCAGAAAGCAGUUGGUGCUCCCCGCCAAGUACAAAGACCUUGUCUUGAAGAAACUCCACAAUGACAUGGCUCACGUUGGCACAGAAAGGGUCCUGAACCUUGCCAGAGAGAGAUUCUAUUGGCCAUUCAUGGCAAAAGAGAUCGAAGACCAUAUCACUAAGAAAUGCCCGUGCAUAAAGUCAAAGAAGCCAGUUACUCAUGUUCGCGCCCCGAUGGGUAGUAUCACAUCAAGCUCACCUCUAGAGUUGGUGUGCAUCGACUACUUACAUCUGGAGACCAGCCGUGGUGGCUAUGAGUAUAUCCUAGUGGUCGUUGAUCAUUUUACAAGAUUCGCACAGGCUUACCCCACAAGGAAUAAAAGUGGAAAGACAGCGGCCGAGCGCAUCUUCAAUGACUUCGUCCUCCGCUUUGGAUAUCCCUCAAAGUUGCACCACGACCAAGGCCGUGAAUUUGAGAACGAGCUGUUCCGUACUCUCCAGCAGCUGUCAGGCAUUCGCCACUCCAGAACCACGCCCUAUCAUCCCCAGGGAAACCCGGCGGAGCGGUUCAAUCGGACGAUCCUGCAGAUGUUGAGGACGUUGACCGACAAAGAAAAAGAACGAUGGAAAGAUCAGAUCCCGAGAGUUGUGCAUGCGUACAAUUGUACUCGCCAUGAGUCGACAGGCUUCUCGCCCUUCUUUCUCCUGUAUGGCCGUCAUCCUCGUCUUCCCGUUGAUCUGCUCUUCGGAUUGCUUGAAGACACAGAGCCUGACUCACCGAAAGGAUACGCGAAGAAGUGGGCGAAGCAGAUGUCUGAAGCCUAUCGAAUUGCCAGUGAGAACAGCAAGCAGGCCAGUGCCAAAGGCAAAGUGCUCUAUGACAAGAGAGCAAGAGGAGUGGUGCUACAGCCUGGCGAUCGAGUCUUAGUCCGGAACCUCAGUGAGCGUGGUGGACCAGGAAAGCUACGAUCCUACUGGGAGAAGGCCAUCUACGUCGUGAAAGAACAGUUUGCUGAUAACCCAGUGUACGUAGUGUAUCCCGAGUCUGGGGACCAGAAAAAGACAAGGACGCUCCAUCGCAAUCUGCUCUUACUCGUGAAUGACCUUCCAGUCGAAGAGCCUCCACGACAGACUGCUCCUGAGAAGGCAACCCAGAAAAGGAGACGACAGACCCGACGUACCACCCCAGAGCGUGCAGACCCACCGCAGGCAGAUUCAGACUCUGACUCGAACUCCGACUCUGAUGGUCCCCGUUACUGGCUGAGAAUACCAGCUGAGAGGAUACAGGAGGUCCCAACGGUAGUCCCACCUCAACGACCAGCCAUCACAGUGAGUCGCCCAAUUCCAGUACCUGUACGAGAAGAGGUGCGAGUUGACGUAGACUACUUACCUGAAACGGAUCCGGUACCUGUAAGAGAAGCAGAGACGGUAGAACCUGAACAGGAUGAAGUUCAGUCUGAUGAUGCGAGACCCGAGGAGCAAGAUGGAUAUGCUGAGGCUCCAGAGCCCGUCCAGGAAGAGCAACCUCUAGUCAAUGCAAUGCCGGACCAACAGACAGAGGUCAGGAGGUCAAGUCGAGACAGACAACCUAGACAGAUCUUGACCUAUGAGAGACUUGGUCAGCCCACACUGACGACACAAGCUAGAGUUAACAUGGCGAACACUGACUUACACUCACCUGCUUACACCACACCUCACACUACACAACCCCUGCACCCAUUCAUUCCCUACGCAACACCAACAUAUCCCUUCAACCCCUAUUCCACACCUUAUCCCCCCUUUACAUACAUACCUUACCCCUUCCCAUCACACCCAUAUAUCUUUCCUGUCACCUGUUAGAGAAAGAGAACUUUAGUUCAUUAGAGUUGAGUAGAAAAUGGUGGGACCCAUUUCUUUUUGUCGGGGAGUGUGUGACGACCACAAAAGUGUCACAUUUUGUGUUUUUGAAAAAGAGUAAAAAGAGAAAAAUUGUCUUUUAUUUUGAAUACAAUUUAUUGUAAUCCAUUUUGAAAAAAGGUACCCCAAAGAGAUUGCAUUUAUUUUUGCGGUGGUUUAUUUUCCUAUUCAAUGUGUAUAUUGCAAUGUUUGCUCCAUGCCAGCAGGGGGCGAGGGCGGGUUCGGUUUUAGUGACUUGCAUUGCGUUUUCCCCUCAUUACUGCAAGUGCCUUGAAACUGACAAGCCGCGUCCUCAUCCCUCUCCUGUUUUCAGGUUUGUAAAUGUUCAAAUAUGCUUUGAAACUAGGAUUUAGCCAUGCCGGAAUGUAUUGGGGAUGUCUGUGAACUAUUUUAGUCAAGUAAUUUUCGUCGGAGACUUUUGGCGGUUUUGUUUGAAGUAAGUUUGAAACACGGAGGUGAAGUCUAACCGUUUAAAAGUGUAGUGAUCACGCGCUGCCUACAUGGUUGUUGAAAGCAACUCAGUUUAAUGCACACGCCUCCCCCACGUGAACGUAUGCCUCAGUAAUGUUUUUGAAACUUACAAUGUUGAUGUGUAGCGUUUACUUUGCCGUCUGUAAGGUCCCAACCAUUCGUUUUGAAGUGUGAUUUGGCUAGGAAUGUUCAUGGAGGAAAGAAAGGUGACUGUUUAAAACGAGUUUUGUUUACAUUAAGCACUUUGGGUUUCCAGUGGUAAAAUGCAGUACUGUCUUGAUUUGAAACGAAGUAAAAUACUUUGAUGAAGAGUUAAAAAGUAACUUGAACAUUAUGCUGGUUAAUAUACCAUGGUCUAUGUAUUUCAUUUUUGAUAAAUAGGUUAAAAUACUAAGCUGAAGAGUAAGUGAACAUGUAUUUUGGAGAAAAGAGAUGUAUUCUGUUAUGGACUUUGUACUGAAGAACAUUUUGAGUUUUUGUAUUGACAUGGACACUGAAAUUCAUUGAGAAUGCUCAAAGGACAUUGAACACUGAAUAUGUUGAAUAUAAAAAAGAGACAUUUAACACAAGAGUGUAUUUAAAAGUGAAACUUUAAUAAAAAUUACUGCAAGUGCCUUGAAACUGACAAGCCGCGUCCUCAUCCCUCUCCUGUUUUCAGGAACUUAACUGUUAACCAGGGUGCCGUUGCUACGGUACCCGUUACAUACGUGUCUAUGCAAUUCUACUACAACUUCCUUGUGAAACCUGCUAAAAAAAAUCCAAAUUAUUAGACAUAUUUAAACUUAAAGAAAAAAAAAGA